ACAAAAAAAGAGGUAUAUCACUAAACGCCCCCUUGAAAUCUCCUUAAAAUUCACACUCUCAGAGAAAUACACUUCGCCGGAGUUGAAACUAAGGAAGCUGAGAAUUUAUUUCCUACUCAGGACGUUAGGAGGAUUUCUUCCCAGUUAUAUUGUUUUUUCUGGAUUUAUGGUAUUGCUUGGGUGAGCAUUUCCUGGUGGUUGAAUCGGAUCUUAAAUGUUAUCUUAUUGACGCGGUCAUCUUCGAGGCAUAUUUGAAAGUGUUACCAUGCCUCGUAAGGUAAAUUAUGGAGUUGAUUAUGAGGAAGACUUUUAUGACUAUGAAGAUUACAAUUAUGACUAUGACGAUGGAUAUGAUUCUGCAGAGAAAAAUGGCAAGGUACCAGGAACAAAUACAAAACAGGAAUUGGUUAAGGCUGGCAUCUGGCGUUGUCCCAUUUGCACAUUUGAUAACAAAGAUACUAUGAAUGUGUGUGAUGUUUGCGGAAAUACAAAACAAGAACCGGUUAAGGCUGGGGUGUGGCGUUGCCCCAUUUGCACAUUUGAUAAUGAAGAUACCAUGAAUGUAUGUGAUAUUUGUGGGGUCCUUCGUAACCCAUUGAUCAAAGGUUGUCGCGGUGGCAAAGCUAGUGCAGCUACUAUUGACCAGGUCUUACAGUCAAAUGCCCCAUCAAGUAAAAAAGAAAAAGCUACUAAAGUUAAACAAGAACUGGUUGCCGAAGGGCUUGCUAGCUCUUCUGCAUCGACAGCAAAAGUUAGACGUGAUAAUGUGAAGGAUAGAGGUUCUUCUAUAGAAACUAGGGAAAAUCAUGGUGUCACGAGCAACAUGAGCAAUAUGUCUAUACCAUUAAAACCUUGCAUUACGGAGAUCGGAACUGCAACUUCAAGAUCACAGAGUAAACCUCAGAAACUUGUACGCGCUGACCAAUUAGAAGUUAAACUGGACCAGUUAAAUCUUGCGAUUGUUGGCCAUGUUGAUUCUGGGAAGUCAACAUUAUCAGGAAGAUUAUUACACCUUUUGGGGCAGAUUUCUCAGAAGGAAAUGCACAAAUAUGAGAAAGAGGCCAAGCAGCAAGGAAAAGGGUCCUUUGCUUAUGCCUGGGCAUUGGAUGAGAGUGCUGAGGAAAGAGAGAGGGGAAUAACUAUGACAGUGGCUGUUGCCUACUUUAACACAAAAAGUUACCGUGUUGUACUGCUUGAUUCCCCAGGCCACAGAGACUUUGUCCCAAAUAUGAUAUCAGGUGCAACACAAGCAGAUGCUGCAAUUCUCGUAAUUGAUGCUUCAAUAGGUGCAUUUGAAGCGGGGAUUGAUGUUACUGGAGGUCAGACAAGGGAGCAUGCACUACUUAUCAAAAGCUUUGGGGUGGAUCAAAUAAUAAUUGCUAUUAACAAAAUGGAUACAGUGGGAUACUCCAAAGAACGUUUUGAUACAAUUAAGAAUCAACUAGGAUCGUUUCUUCGUUCUUGUAAGUUUAAAGAUUCGUCAGUAUUGUGGAUUCCCCUGAGUGCCAUGGAAAACCAAAAUUUGGUGACAAGUCCUUCUGAUGCACGAUUGUUGUCCUGGUUUCAAGGUCCUUGCCUUUUGGAUGCAAUAGAUUCUCUCCAACCUCCCCAAAGAGAUUACUCAAAGCCUUUAUUAAUGCCGAUAUGUGAUCUUGUUAAAUCACCAUCACAAGGACAGGUGUCAGUAUGUGGGAAGUUGGAGACAGGAGCACUUCAAACUGGAGAUAAGGUUCUAAUUAUGCCAUCAAGAGAAGUGGCAACAGUGCGUUCUUUGGAACAUAAUUCUCAGGUUUGUAACAGUACAAAAGCUGGAGACAAUGUCACUGUUAAUCUACAAGGUAUAGACGCGAAUUGUGUAAUGGCAGGGGAUGUGCUGUGCCACCCUGAAUAUCCUAUUGCUGUUACAAAUCAUUUGGAACUGAAGAUACUCAUCCUGGAUAUUGCCGUUCCAAUUUUGAUUGGCUCUCAGUUGGAGUUUCAUGUACACCAUGCUAAGGAGGCUGCAAGAGUUGUGAGGAUUUUGUCAUUGCUUGAUCCAAAAACUGGAAAGGAGACCAAGAAAUCACCUCGAUGUCUUCUAGCAAAGCAGAAUGCUAUAAUCGAGGUGGUCUUGCAAGGAAUGAUUUGUGUUGAAGAGCAUUCUAAAUGUAAGGCUCUUGGAAGGGUGUCCCUCAGGGCAUCAGGAAGAACUGUUGCUCUUGGUCUUGUGACUCGAGUUCUGGAGAAGAACGAAUAGAGAAAUUCCCUCUACUGGAAUGAGGCCCAAAAUCAGCUGGUAAAGGUAUACAUCUAUGAGGACCUGUAGCUUUAAACAGAUGAUGUGGCUCACGGAAUUGAGUGUCGUCCUUCAAUUUAUCUUCUUCCUCCUCUCGUGCCUGUCCUGGUCUCCGGUAGAGAUCCACAAUUUUUGUAGUUGAGUCGAAUAUUAAAUGAUUCUACAGGGGCAUAGCUCUAGACAUGUGUUUCUUCCCUUCAUUAUACGUGUAUCCGGACAUCUUCUAUUAGGCUGCUUUUGAGGAAAAAGUGAGUGUUUUUGGGGAUGGGUCAUUCUUUACGUGUACAUUGGCGAAUCUGAGAGAUAUUGUUAAUUUAAUUUUUCGCUUUUUCCUUAAGAUAUUAACUUCAUGUUCUUAGGGACCUCUUUUGAGUGGCAUAUUUACCAGCUAUGUCUUA